AAUGCAGGACAGAGAGAGCGAGGGAAGACAUUUCGAGUUCUGAAUGUGAUUUGUCCAUCCUGCUCUGGUGCUCAACAGAGUUUAAGGUGUCUUAAAGUGAGCAUGAGUUAGAAAGACACCUGUCUCCAGCUCUCAGGAUUACACAUGGGACUGGCAGAGCCACAGUAAAGAACUAAACUAAUAGGAUCUUAACGAAUGUCAUGAAGUGACCAAUAAAUCCAUAGACAUGGACAGGCUAAAUCAGAAUGUUCCAGAACAUGGCCGUCAGACUCAUCAGGUAUUACAGAGCACACCACUGGACCUGAUUGAAACAGGCAAGACUCUCAAAGUCCAGGCAGAAGGAGCCCAUCUUGUCAGCUUAGGAAGUGGCCGUCUGAGUACGGCUAUAACCCUGCUGCCCCUGCCAGAGGGGAAGACUAAACUUGGUCAUGGGAACACAGACAUUAAUAUUCAGGGUCCGGGUGUGACUGCUCAACAUUGCUACAUAGAAAAUGUGGGGGGAGCCAUCACUCUAUACCCCUGUGGAAAUUUUUGCUCAAUGGAUGGCUUAGCAGUUUCCAAACCUGUCAGACUCACACAAGGGUGUAUGCUGUGUUUUGGUCAGUCAUCCUUUUUCCGCUUUAACCACCCAGAGGAGGCCAUCAGGAUGAAGAGUUUGAUGCCUGGUGGAAGCCCUGGAUUUACCAGUACCUACAAGAACCAUUCAGAAACCCAUGGGCAAGUCAAUGGCAACAACCUUCCUUUGCACGAGCGACCUCGUCCUGGACACGGCACUCUUGUGCGCUCUAUUGAGAAGGAUAUUCAGGACAUUAUGAAUUCUCUGUCUAUGGAUGAAGGCCAGACUUCUUCAUCUGAGCAAUGUAAAACAAAACGCCACCCCAUUCCACAGUCUGCCAUUCCCAACGGGAGCGGCCAUAGUCUUGUCUCCCCUCCAACCAGUCCUGGCACUUUGUCUGUAAGCUCCAGCUAUGAAAAUACCAGUCCUCCGUUCUCCCCCUUCUCCACCCCCUCUGUGGUUAGUAGUCCAGAGGCUUGUUUGGACUCCGCUAAUACCCUUUCCACCAGCUACACCCAGACUGUGAAGACCCCGUUGCCACAUCCGCGCACUUUUGCAUCCAAAACCAGUAGUUCCAACGGAGGGCUAAAGGAUAUAGAAAGUCCCAGGCUUCAAAAAGCCUUGACUGAAACCCGCUCAGGCCCUUCUACAAACUGUAUAGUCGAGAGUCCACACCUGGCCCAUGGUUCCUCUUCUGGAUCUGUCUCAAUUUCAUCUGGAGAUUUAGGCAGACAGAUCAAUGCUAGGGUCACCUCCUCAUCCUCACCAUCAUCUUCUAGCCCCAGAUCCAGUGUUGGCUCAUCAGUCCAAAAAACGUCUUCCAGUCUUCAGUCCCAUUCAUGUGCACUUCAUCCUCCAGACAGUCCCCAGUCAUCCCACCAUGGUGUAGAACUAACCAGCAUGCAUGAACUUCCUCCUCUCAGCCCCUCUACAGCACGCAGAGGUGUCCUUGGGGUGCCAGUUCUUCCUGGAGCUCUACCCGGUGUUCCUUUGACCUCAUGUGGCCGGACUGUACCAGAGAGUCCUCGUCUUCAACGACGAGCCACAGCUGAGGAAGAAGUAGGAAAUACAAGAUUAAAUGCCAGAAGUCCAUCUCCUGUAUCUGCUCUUUUGAAGGACCAGCCUUGCUGUAAGCAGAAGACAGGUAUCACCCCAGCUCUAGGUUCUCAGACAGGUGUGUCUCCUCUCACUAGUCCCCGUAACCAGAGAAAGAAGCCAAAGGAGCCUCUGCAGGUUCAGUCGCGCACACGAGAACGCAAGAACAGCAUUUCAGAGGUCAGCGACAAAGAGGAAGACCUACUUGAGUACCAUCGCUGGCAAAGAGAGGAAAGGAUGCGUGAGCAGGAGAUGGAGAGGCUGGAGAGGCAGAGGCUUGAGACCAUCCUGAAUUUGUGUGCUGAGUAUAAUAAGAGCGACCCUCCUGUUGGUGUGGACAGAGGGAGGGCGUGUCAGUUUCCAGGGAUGGAGGAGGUCUCUGUUCGGCGACCCGGUCCUGACCCUGCGAGUGUGCUGGCCCAGAGCUCUCACAGACCGAGAGAGAGUGAGGAGGAGAACCUGAAAGAGGAAUGUAGCAGCACUGAGAGCCAGCACCAGGAGCAUGAAGAUUCUUCAGUGCUGGGGCAGCAGGAGAGAGCAAAUCUAGAGGAAGAGCGUAUCAGGGUUAUGGCUCGGGUGGAAGAGCUGAAGACUCAUGUCACUGACCUGGAAGAGCAAAUACAGGAAUCCAGACAAGAGGCAGAGAUGGAGAGGGCAUUACUGCAGGGGGAACGGAAGGCGGAGCUUGAUCAAGUGGAGGCAGAGUUGGAGAUCAUCAAUCAACUUCAGCUGAAACUGAAUGAAGUGGAAAAUUCGACUCAGAGAGAGAAAGAGAAGGAAAGAGCAAAAGUCUCAGCUGAGCGGGAUGUCCUGGCCAGGCUGAGGGAUUCGUACAGUGAGCUGAAGUGCCAGCUUCAUAAAUGCCCCGAAUCACUGAGGGAGCACUUACAGGAACAACUGGCCAGGAAGGUGGAGGCACUGGAGUCGGCCACUAAGCGCUUUGAGGAUUUGGAGUUUCGCCAUUUGGAGCGAGAGAGUGGCGUUGAGGAGGAGAAGGAGACGGUCAGCAGGCAGCUGUUGCAAGAGAAGGCAGAGUAUCACCAGAGUGUGGCCAAAAGGAAGGAGAAAAUGGCAGCUCUGGAGAUCCAGGUUAACCAGCUUGGACUUCAGGCAGCUCAGGACUGUGAAAAGAUGGCCAAAGAUCGAACCCUGUCCCUACAGAUGCUCCAGAAGGAAAAGGAGAGACUGUCCAUCUUGGAGAAGAGAUACCAGAGCCUGACUGGUGGUAAGACUUUCUCCAAGCCUGCCAGCAUGAAGGAGGAAGUGCUUUACAUCAGUGAACCUGACCUUUUAGAUGAACUCCCUACCCAAAAUUCUCUGCUCCCCUCGACUUGUUGUCAAAGAUCCACCCCUCAGAUAUAUUCUAACAGGCCACAGGAGGAGUACCUCAAACUCUCAGAUGUCUAUAAGAUGUAUGGGAACGGAUGUAUCCCCGCCCAGACUGCCUUCUCUAACGCUCUUUGUCUACCGCUGGCUGUAACAUCAGACACACCUCGUGAGGAGUAUGUGACAGUCAGUCAGUUAAACCAGCUAUUCGGGAUGCCCAAAGUUGACCCCUCCCCCACAUCUUCAGUCCAGUCAUUCCAAGCUAUUGUCGCUGACCCUGUCCACUCCAGCCACACAUCCCAGUGUGGCUCCUCGCAGUCACUUCCUGUUGAGACCCAGCCUGCAUGGAUUAGGCCUUCGAUCCCCAGGUUAGAUUCAGAGCGCUGGUACCAGGAAAUUAUGGCAGCUGGGGACCCCAGUCAUGCCUCUCCUCCCCCUCUGCCAGCUAAGUGUAUCUCCUCACGCAAACCUAUGCAGAGUCUCCCAGAUCUGUCUCCUGCUUAUUUGGACUUAGACUCCAAGAGACAAUCGGAUCAACAGGGCAGAGGGCUCUAUACAUGUGAUGAUUCCAGAAUCAGCCCUACAGAUCCUAAACAGAGUAACUGGGGGGCACCACAGGACUCUCACUCCCAUUUCCCACCUUCAGGUUCUCCUAUGGUACACUACUCCAUUCUGCACCACCACGCACCCCCAGCUGGAGAGUCAACGUAUGACACCCUGAGUUUAGAGAGCUCUGACAGCAUGGAGACCAGCGUAUCUACCGGCAACAACUUCGCCUGUUCACCUGAAAGCAGCAAUGGGCUGACAGGACUGAGGCUGGAGGAGAUGGAAAAGAUGCUGAAGGAGGCCCAGCAGGAGAAAGCCAGACUGGUGGAGAGCCGAGAGAGGGAAGUCCAGGCACGAAAGCAGCUGCUGGAGGCUGAGAGAAGGCGGCGAGAGGAGAUGGAGAGGAGGCUGCAAGAUGAGACUGCGCACAGGCAGAGACUUGUGGAGGAAGAGGUCAAGCUGAGAGAGAAACAGUGUUCCCAGGCUCGGCCAAUGACGCGCUAUCUGCCUAUUCGAAAAGAGGAGUUUGACCUGCGUUCUCAUGUGGAGUCAUCAGGCCACUGCGUGGACACAUGUGCAUAUGUCAUUGUUACAGAGAAAAUGUGCAAGGGCCAUCUUGUGAAGAUGGGCGGCAAGAUCAAAUCCUGGAAAAAACGCUGGUUUGUCUUUGAUCGACUUAAAAGGACCUUCUCUUAUUACAUAGAUAAACACGAGACCAAACUGAAAGGUGUCAUCUACUUCCAAGCCAUAGAAGAGGUGUAUUACGAUCACCUGCGCAGUGGAACUAAGAGUCCGAAUCCUUCGCUAACCUUCUGUGUGAAGACUCAUGAUCGACUUUAUUUCAUGGUGGCACCAUCCCCAGAGGCCAUGCGUAUUUGGAUGGACGUCAUAGUAACAGGUGCCGAGGGCUACACGCAGUUUAUGACCUGAGGGAGAGUGGAUGCCAUUCUGCCUGCCGUGAUCUGAGAGCGGACAGGACUCAUUUAACAAGACGUGGAACAUUAUGCAAAAUGAUGUCUAAAAAACUUCAGCCAGCGCUGACUGAUUUCUUUGUCAUCGCGACUAGAGAAGAACUGGAUGCAGGCUGGCUUGAUGACGAUGUAUUAUUGUGCAACUGUUGGUCAGAUUUUAUGUCACUAAAAAGAGAAUUGAAAAAUAUAUAUAUUAUAUAUAGAUGGAAAGAGUGGAAGCGAUAAUGUUUGUCUCUGUACCAUUGUAAUAAAGACAGGAGACAGUGACAGGGCUUACAGCAUUGGCAUUUCAAAUCAAUCAUAUGCUCAGUACUUUUAUAUACAGUAUAUAUAUAUACAGGUA